GUCACACCGCUAAUUAGCCACGGCUAGCUGUUAGCCUCCAGCUCCACUGACAGCCCUGAGAGAAGUGACCGUCAGAGGAGCGUGUCGGAGCGGACUCUGAGCCCCGUUGUCCCCCGGUCCCCUGUGCGGUUGUGUCACACCGGGUCGUCCCACGUCCGGAGGAGGGGGGGUGUUGUGGUGGAGCCACGUGUAACAGGAACUGGAGCCCGACAGCCCGGACUGGAGCCACCGCAGGUCCGUGUUCAGCGUUAGCUUCCCCCCGGUACCUUACCACCGCAGCUAGCCGUCGGUCCUCCGCCCUAAGUCGGGUCGACUUCUCCCGCAGCGUCGCGGUCAGUUUACCGACACUGACAGACAAUCAUGGCCGUUUGGAGGAUACUGUGGUGCAGGAACAUCAUGGCUGCGUCUCUGCUUCUCUGUGUUCUGCUCCACGCCGUGGACGUGCACGCACGACCGGCCAACAUGUCGGCCGCUAAAGACAAGUCUCCGUCCAACAAGGACGAGAACGAGAUCCUUCCCCCGGACCACCUGAACGGGGUGAAGAUGGAGCUGGACGGCCAACUCAACAAGGACUUCCAUCAGGAGGUGUUCCUGGGGAAAGACAUGGAGGAGUUCGACGAGGACUCCGAGCCAAGGAGGAACCGGAAGAAGCUUAUUGAGAUUUUCACCAAAGUUGAUUUCAACCGGGAUAAAAGUGUCAGCGCUAAGGAGAUGCAGCGCUGGAUCAUGGAGAAGACGGAGGAGCACUUCCAGGAGGCCACGAAGGAGAACAAGAACAGUUUCCAUGCUGUUGACCCGGACGGAGAUGGUCGCGUGACAUGGGAUGAAUACAGAAUCAAAUUUCUGGCCAGCAAAGGAUUCAAUGAAAAAGAAAUUGCUGAGAAGAUAAAGAACAAUGAAGACUUGAAACUGGAUGAGGAAACUCAGGAGGUUCUGGAAAGCCUGAAGGAUCGCUGGUUCCAGGCCGACAGCCCCCCCGCCGACCAGCUGCUGAACGAGCAGGAGUUCCUGUCCUUCCUCCACCCUGAGCACAGCAGAGGAAUGCUCCAGUACAUGGUGAAGGAGAUCGUUCGGGACCUAGACCAGGACGGUGAUAAGAAACUGACCCUGUCGGAGUUCAUCUCUCUGCCCGUGGGCACCGUGGAGAACCAGCAGGCGCAGGACAUCGACGACGACUGGGUUCGAGAGAGGAAGAAGGAGUUCGAGGACGUCAUCGAUUCAAACCACGAUGGAAUCGUCACCAUGGAGGAACUGGAGGAGUACAUGGACCCGAUGAAUGAGCACAACGCUCUGAACGAGGCCAAGCAGAUGAUCGCCGUCGCAGAUGAGAAUCAGAAUCAUAACUUGGAGCUGGACGAGAUCCUCAAGUACAGCGAAUACUUCACGGGCAGCAAGCUCAUGGAUUACGCCAGAAAUGUUCACGAGGAAUUCUGAGGACUCGUUCGUCCUCCGUCUGCUCGGCGAGGCGGGGGCGGCGUCCUACAUCUGCUUCAGGGACAGGCCAGUAACAGGGGCAACCUAAUGAUAGGAUGUUGUAGUGUGCAAUUGUGUGUUUAACGCCGAGCCUCGACGGCCUCUUUCACUGCUGACUCCAGUUAGUACGCCCUUCACCCUGCACUGUCGGCCACCCAGCAGCGUGGACACGCUCUGCCUGCUGGGUGCCGCACAGCUGCAACUCCAAAUCAAUUUGUGUUUUAGAGUCAAAUGUGUGUAUAUGAGGGAUAUUAACCCAGAUUAGAUUUUCUUCUUCGUGGUGCAGUGGUGAGAGAGUCUGUUCAGUCGGGCGAGUUGUGUGUGUGUGAUGCAGGAUCUGUUGUUUUUAGCUGGCGUGUCUGUACACAGUGUAAAUAUUCAUGGUCACAUACCAAUGCAAAAGGUUCGAAGAAGUAAAUAUAAUGCAGCUGAAAGGAACAACCCUGCUAGAGAAACCAUAUAAUUAUACAGAGUUUAUUUCUCUCACACAGACUUCACACUGUCACUUAUUCUGCCAUAUUCAAGAGGGGGUUGUCAGCAGUGAUGCACAAUUUCACUGGUUUCCAUAAAAUCCGUCCUUUUUUCAGAUAUUAAAAAAAAGACUUUUAGUUGUGUAGAAAUAUAAACAAAAUGCCUCAAUAACAAACUUAAAUCGGCUUAAAUUAAUGAAAUUUAAGAUGUGGAGAAUAGAUUAAUAUAUAAGAGCCAUGUGUCUUUUUCAUGGAGGGUGUUAUAUUCUAAAUGAAGACACUUGUACAAAAGUGAAGCCGAAAUAUCAGGUAUACGGUUGCCGCCAUCUUGCUGACUAAAAUGACAAACUAUCAUUGAGAAUUAUUUAUCCAACAUUUUUAAUUUGGUCCGUUUCCGGCGGGGUUUAUGACCUAUACUGCAGCCAGCCAACAGGGGGCGAUCAAAACAUUUCAGCUUCACUUUUCAAGAGUGGUCGCGUUCAUUUCUUUUUCUUUUCUUUUUUUUUACAAUUUGUGGAUUUGGACCGAAGGAAGGAAAAGCUUGUGGCACCAAUAAGACUCAUGUGGUCUCCAAAAUGGAAACUGUUGUUUACAUGGUUUUGUGUGUGUGUUUGUGUGUCUGUGUGUGUGGGUCAGGUCAGAAUGUUUCCUGUGGUAAAGGCCUGUUUUGUUUUUAUUGCUACAAACAAUCUGAUUCAUGCCUUUUAUGAACGUGUGAGUAAAGUGAAAAUCAUGUCUUUGUAAUUUGGAUCAGCCGUAUGUUUGAGCAGUGGAAGCUGAACUCUGUCUUUGUGCACUUUGUCAGAUUUUAAAGUUUCCUCUCCAACAUAUUUUCCAUUUUGAAGGCUCUGGAUUUCUAAUUCCACUUGUACCAUGUUUCUAAACGCAUUGCACAAACAGUGGAAUUACAUUCCUCCGCUUCCUGUGGACCUGUGGAAGAUUUGGAUCCGGCCACAGUCUCGUCUUUCCUCGUCCUCGGUCCUGUUCGGAUUGUAAAAUAAGAUUUCAGAUAACAGAAUGUUAACACAGCUUUAUAAAAUGUAUCGCAAACAUACUGGUAAACAAUAAAUAUUUCUUAUCAAGUGAA